AUGUUGUUUACAUCAGUCCUGACCCCGGCUCUGCUGGCCCUUUCGGUGGGCAUUGAAGCCGUUGCAGCGUCUUCGCAUGGACGCUUUGGGCAACUCGCCCGUGACCCUUUGGAGAGAGCUAAGCGGGUUGUCGAAAAUGCCCAUGCGAAGCCGGUACGGUCCAAAAAUGAUUUUCGUUUUUUGAGCCACAAAACCAAGCCGUACCUGGUCAAUAACCUCCCCGAUGUCCCCUUUGACAUUGGUGAGAUGUACUCGGGCCUGAUUCCCAUUGACGCACACAACGAGUCGCGGGCGUUGUUCUACAUCUUCCAGCCUACCAUUGGCGAGCCCGUUGACGAAGUCACCAUCUGGCUGAACGGCGGACCUGGCUGCAGUUCCAUGGAAAGCUUUCUUCAGGAGACUGGUCGCUUCCUCUGGCAGCCGGGUACGUAUGCGCCCGUGGAGAAUCCAUAUUCCUGGGUGAACCUGACAAACAUGCUGUGGGUUGACCAGCCGGUUGGAACGGGCUACUCUAUUGGCACGCCCACUGCUACCUCCCAGGAGGAGACUGCCCAGGAUUUCAUCAAGUUCUUCAAGAACUUCCAGCAGACGUUCGGUAUCAAAAACUUCAAGAUCUAUGUGACGGGUGAGAGCUACGCUGGCCGCUAUGUCCCGUAUAUCUCGGCCGCUAUGCUCGACGAGAAGGACAAGAAGUACUUCGAUUUGCAGGGUGCAUUGGCAUAUGAUCCCUGCAUUGGCCAGUUCGAUUAUGUGCAGGAGGAGAUCCCUGUCGUGCCAUUCAUAAAGAAGAACGCGAAUUUGUUCAACUUCAACGAGACCUUCAUGGCGGAGCUGGAGCACCUCCACCAGUCGUGCGGAUAUGAAGAGUUCAUCGACACGUAUCUGACCUUCCCGCCGCCAAAGGAGCAGCCUCCACUGUUCUUCAACUGGACCAGCAUGGAGGAGUGCGAUGUGUUCGAUUUGGUGUACGAGACCGUCUUCGACAUCAACCCGUGUUUCGACCUGUACGAGGUCAACCAGAUGUGUCCAUUGCAGUGGGAUGUGCUGGCUUUUCCGACCUCGCUCGUUUACGAGUCCCCUGGCUCAGCGGUGUACUUUGAUCGGCCGGACGUCAAGAAGGCCCUGCAUGCACCUAACGUGACCUGGUCCGAAUGCUCCAACAAUCCCGUCUUCGUUGGCGGCAGCUCUGGUCCCGAGCAAGAGGGUGAUAUCUCCGCGAACCCCAUCGAGCACGUCCUGCCCCAGGUUAUCGAGGCGACCAACCGCGUGCUCAUCGGCAACGGUGACUACGACAUGGUCAUCAUUACCAACGGCACACUGCUGGCCAUCCAGAACAUGACCUGGAACGGCCACCUUGGUUUCCAGAAACGGCCCGAGACUCCUAUCGACAUCAAGAUCCCCGAUCUCCAAUACGCGGACAUCUUUGCGGAGAAUGGUGCUUCGUCGCUGGAUGGUGCCCAGGGUAUUAUGGGCAUCCAGCACUACGAGCGUGGUCUCAUGUGGGUGGAGACGUAUAUGUCGGGACACAUGCAGCCGCAAUACCAGCCUCGUGUGUCUUACCGCCACCUGGAAUGGCUCCUCAAGCGUACCGAUGAGAUCUGA